AUUAAAAUAUAUAUUAAACAAUAAACAUUUAUAUAAAAUAAUUUAUAUUAUUUUUUUUUUUUUCAAUACAAUGACUGGUGCAUAAUGUUUUCUUUGAGAAUUUUAGUGAAGAGGACGAGAAAAAGAUUAUCUCGAUUACUUGUGAAAGGAUGGAGAAGAAGGAAAAUAAGCGAUAAACAUGUGAUUUUAUAUAUUGUGAAUAAAGUUAAUUUAUCAUGACGGAUCUUCAAUAUUUUUUUACUACAUUAUUGAAUGUUAGUACAACUUGAAGUGUCACAACAACAAUAACAACUAUCACUAGUACUAUUAGUACAAUCUCUACUAUGACUAUCAUCAUUACUACUCAACUGUUACAACUAGUGAAGAUUUAAAAAUAUUUUGAAUAAUUUGUACAUUUAUCUGGUUCAACGUUUAUUAUUACGUUUGCCUGGACAAUUUAACAAACAAACACUGAAGCAGCUGACAUGAAGGUGGAAAUGUUUGUUGUUGCAGUGGAUGAAAAAUUAACAUGGACAUCCUUUAACAAAUUUUUUACAUUUAGAAGGAUAAAAUCAUGGCUCGACUUUUUACUCGUUUGAGACUAAAAAUGGCAAACACAAGUAAUUUAUUAUCUACAGUUAUAACAACAACAACACCAAUUGUCAAUUCAACAAUAUCAAUGACUUAUAAUUUUACAUUUUCAAGUAUUGAUAAAAGUCUUGGAUACAGUAACUAUUCAUUUGGAGAUUUAAAUUUUACUGAAUUUUCAAUUGAUGCUUUGAAUACAACUGAAGUUAAUAAUGUUACUGAAAAAAUUAAUUCAACAAUCGAAAUUCCUAGUAGUUAUUGUGAUGACUGGGAAUCAGCACAACAUAAACUCUUUCAGACUGCCAAUAUUUUUUUUGCUGCUGCAUUUCUUGUACCGAGGUCAUUUAAGGCAUCAGUAUUGGCUCUACGAACACUGUUAACAGCAGGAUUUAUGCUAUCAGCAUUAUGGGCUGGAAUGACAAUUUGUGCACUUGAUGCAAUGCUAUGGUGUCUUGGACUUGGUUUACUCAAUGGAAUUCAUUCACUUAUUCUUGCAUGUCGUUUUUUACCACCAGCAUUGAGUCCUGAACUAGCUGAACUUUAUCUUAAACUUUUUAAACCAUAUCGAAUUAGUAAAAAACAUUUUCAAGAACUUGCUAAAGAAGCAAGAAUAUUAAAUCUUGAUUCUGGUCAAACUUAUGCUACUGAAGGUGUAUCACCAGCAGAUGAAAGAUUAUCGAUAUUACUACGUGGCAAAAUGAAAGUAACAUGUGAUGGUACUCAUCUUCAUUAUAUCCGUUCAUAUCAAUUUGUUGAUUCACCUGAAUGGGAAGCAACCCAUGAAAAUAUCGAUGAAGUCUUCCAAGUAACAAUUAGAGCUGAUGAAUCUUGUACAUAUAUAUGCUGGACAAGAUUACAACUGCUUCGUGUAUUGAGACACAGACCUCUUUUAAAAGUUGUGCUAAAUACUCUUAUUGGUAAAGACAUAACAACAAAAUUAUAUGCACUAAAUGAACAGUUAGCUGGUGUUGCUGCUGCUCAUGAACAUGCUAUAUCUACACCUUACAGAGGUGUUGCACGUAGUAUGAGUUGUGAUGCUGUAUAUACUGAAAUUGCUGGACGAGUUAGAUCAGAUGGCUGGAAAGCACAACGACGACACAGUAAUCCACGCCACAAUUCACCACAUCAUGUAUCUCAUCAAUAUUGGACACCUGUAGUUGCAACUCAAUUUCCUGUAACUUCUCCAUUUAUUGGAACUCAAAGUUCUGGCUAUACACUUUUAACUCAAGGUGUUAAUUUUUCACCACCACCACGUACACCACCGGUAACUCAUCCUUCACCCUUUAUGAGACAACGAAGUGUUGGUGGUACUGGUGGAAGUUAUACACUUUUACCACAAACAACUCCAAAACUGGAACGUAAACGCUCAAAAAAAACAGCCCGUGAGGUGACAUUUGAAACGCCUGUAUGACGUUCGCCCGACGGGGAAGGCCCGACAAGUGUACCGUUGUUAUCAUUAUCACCACAACACACUGUCUAACCCCCCCGUCUCAUAAUCAUCAAAUUGAAUCA